GCACACGGUCUUGCUCCCUCUCCCGUUUUCGAUGUGGGAUUGGAUCCCAUAAAAUCCAUUUUAUUCUGUAACACACCAUCAUUCACGCUCCGUCUCUCUUACAAUCUUUCUUCUUCUUCUUCAUCUUCUUACCUCCGAGGCCUCAAUUCCAAUAGCCAUGCCUCAUCCCACGCCCCACCCCCAACCCCAACCCCAACCCCAACCAAAACCUAAUCCCAACCUUCUCUCUCUCUUCCUCAAACCCAUCAUUAUGCUUCUUCUCACCUCCCUUUUCUUCCUCUUCAUUGGCUUCGCCGCCUUUCUCCUCCUCCACCUCUUCCUCCUUGGCGGCGCCUUCCACCGUCUUCGCUUCCGCCCCUCCGCCGCCACUGCCUCUGCUUCCAACGCCCUCCUUCCUCGCGAAAUCAACAAGCUACCUCGCUUCCGCCUCUCCCAUGGAUCCCAAAUGCUAGCCGACACCCACUGCGUUGUCUGUUUAGACGCCUUUCGCAGCGGCCAGUGGUGCCGGAAACUCACCGCCUGCGGUCACGUCUUUCACCGCAGGUGCGUCGACACGUGGCUCCUCAAAGUCGCCGCAUGCCCCACGUGCCGUACAUCCGUGCGAUUUAAUGCCGGGCCUCCAGUACAAGACUCGGCACUAGGUUCUACUUUUGCCCAGUUUCGAGCCUGCGAAACUGACUCCAAUGCUGUCACCCUUUUAUAGCUUGUGUCUGCAACAUUGUCGUGUCACUAGCUGCAUUCUUUUCUGCUAGUAUUUAGGGUUGAGUGAGCCUAGCUCCAUAGUCCAAUGACCGAAGAACAGCGAACUUAUGUGUGCUUAAAUAUUGGGCAAUUUACAGACUUUUCUUACGUUUUCUUGAAAUUUGUAUAGUGUUCCAUAUAUUUAAGGGAACAUUAUCACGGGCUUUGAUAAAACAAGGGUUUAGUGUGAAAUUUUAAAGAACUACAAGGGUUAAUUGGAUUUUGUCCUGGAAUUUUUGUGCUGGAUGGAUGGGGUGUAUGAUGAAAUCGUGAUUUUGCUGACAAUGGAUAGUUUGUUUACACGACUACAACAAAAGAUCAUGCAAUUAUGGGUAUGGCAUGAUGGAGUUAAUAAAACAUCCCCUGGUCUCUGAAUGGGUGGUUGAUUGGAAGAUGACAUACAUUGCUGGCUUGGGGAGGGUGAUUGAAGGUCUUUCUUGCUUCGUUAUUCUUGGUUGGCUUCGAUUGGGUGGGGGUGUGUAUGAAUAUUUGAAAAAAAUGUGAAGUUGAUCAAAUCCUUCUGUGUUUUUGCUGCAUUUUUUAUAAAUUAUCAGUGGUUUGUUUUUGAAGCUUUUACAUAUAACAUCCCGUGUAUGUAGUUUUCAUUUCACCGUAUAACAGUAAUAGGUUUUAUUUUA